AUGGUGUUCUUUCAUCGUAUUGAUAAUUCUUCCCCGUUCACCACCUCCUACAGAUGCUAUCCGGUUUCCUUUUUAGCCGAUAAUUUUCGGUCUAGUGUGGAGAAAGGAGGAAAAAUUAUCAUGCCUCCAUCUGCUUUAGAUGUACUUACACGACUGAACGUCCAGUACCCAAUGCUAUUCAAGUUGACUAACCAACAAGCAAACCGGACUACUCAUUGUGGUGUAUUAGAAUUUGUUGCAGAUGAAGGGAGGAUUUAUGUUCCUUACUGGAUGCUAAAAAAUCUACAUUUGGAAGAAGGUGGUUUGGUCUCUGUAGUUAAUGCAGCCUUGCCUGUAGCUUCUUUCGCUCGUUUUCAACCUCAGAGUACUGAUUUUCUGGAUAUAUCCAACCCCAAAGCUGUACUAGAAAAUGCUCUUCGCGACUUUGCUUGCCUCACAGUCGGAGAUAUCAUUGCUAUCAACUACAAUGAGCGUAUAUAUGAGCUUAAAGUGUUGGAAACAAAACCGAAGGAUGCAGUCACCAUAAUCGAAUGUGACAUGAGCGUUGAUUUCGCACCUCCAGUUGGAUAUCAGCCUACUGACUCCAGUUCUUCGAGCAAAGAAAGUGAUAAAGAUCUACAUCAGCUCGGAGAAGAUAUAAAAAUCCCUUCAGUUGUUCAAGGAUUUCAGGCAUUUAGCGGUACAGGUUAUCGGUUAGAUGGGAAAAAUAAACAGGAUAAAACUGAUGAAGCAGAUAAUGGUCAAUCAUUAGGGCGAUUGAAGGAAAGAGAAAGGGGUGUACCAAACUACAAUUAUCAACCUGGAAGUUUAACAUUUUUCCGAAAUGUAAAACAAAUUCCUGUAGAGAAAACAGAAGAACCUGUAUUCAAACCAUUCAGUGGCACAGGUCAUCAAUUGAAAUCACGCAAGAAAUGA